GCUCGAGCUCGUCCUGAUAAAAACACAGAAGAAGGAAACGACGACAUCAAACCGUCUCUAAACUCAUACUCCUCGCUUAGUGUGUAUAUAUUUUGUGUACAUAUAUAUAUAUAUAUAAUUUUUUUUAAAAAGCGUAAGCCCCGCAGCCACGGACAGUUUUAUAAACCGUUUUUAGUUUUUAUAUUUUGGACACAGUCGCUACCUCUGUUUUCAUCUACUUGCCUGGCUGACUUUGACGCAAUAUGCCUUCAGAAAAAACCUUCAAACAAAGAAGGACGUUCGAACAGCGAGUAGAAGAUGUCAGACUGAUCCGAGAGCAGCACCCCAACAAGAUCCCCGUGAUCAUUGAGAGAUAUAAGGGAGAGAAACAGCUGCCCAUCCUGGACAAGACCAAGUUCCUGGUGCCAGACCACGUCAACAUGAGUGAACUCAUCAAGAUUAUCAGGAGGCGCCUCCAGCUGAACUCCAACCAGGCCUUCUUCCUGCUCGUCAACGGCCACAGCAUGGUGUCGGUGUCGGCCGCCAUCUCUGAGGUGUACGAGCGGGAGCGGGACCAAGAUGGCUUCCUCUACAUGGUGUACGCCUCCCAGGAGACCUUCGGCUCGCCCGCGGCCGCCCAGUGAACAGCCUUCCCUUCGACGCCUCCUUCUACCGUCUGGCCCGGCCAUUGGACAUUUGUUUUUGGGUUGUUUUUUUUUGUUUGUUUUUUUGCCUACCCCUCCGUGUUUCUUGCCGCAACACUUUUAGUCUCGACUGUAAGACCUAAAACACAAACAGCUAAAUCUAAACACAGCAUUUCAACUAUUCUCAGCUCUGAUUGGUUCAGAUAGACUGUUUGUGUUCCACGACUCAGGCCAAUAGAGUCCAGUUUAGUGUGUGUCUCCUGUCAUGUACAUGUUGACGACAGUUUUCAUUGUUGUGGUCUCCUGGGCUGUACUUGCGUUGUAGUGUGUAUAUAUACACUUUUCAGGUAGUGAUGUUACAUAAGGGUGGCGAGGCUCCACCACUGUUCUAUCUAGAUAUAUAUAUAUAUACAUUAGACUACGAACAAAGCCAGCCUUAGUAUUAAGGUUUCUGGAGACGUGGGCACUAGAGAGGUUCUGUUUUUAAAAGAGGGUUUUAUUGCAAUUAAAAAAAGGGUAAAGCUUAGGGAUUUCUUUUGCCAGAGAAAUUUUAAAAUUACAUAUAGAAGAUCGUUAACCAGUGUGUCUCAUCACAUUCCCUCUAUGGUCCUUCUUUGGUGUUUUUAAAUCCCUCCCUGCCUUGUAGCCUAAAGCAUCUUCACUGUAAAAUAUAAAGAUGUUAGAAAACUGCUUUUGCUAUUGAAAGAGAUGAUUGUAGUUUGCAAAAAAAAAAAAAAAGAAGAAAGAAAAGAAAAGAGAGAAUGCCUCGGUGUACAGAUAAUAGUAACUAUAAAAAGGGGGGUUCCUAUGAGAGUGUAACCAAGUUGAUUUUGGACACACUACAAGGAGCAUUGUCUGACUGCAUGUGUGAAAGGAGGAUAACUCUUUAACUGCUGACGAGAGGAGGGGGCUGCCGUGUCCUCGCAAGUGAUCAAAAAGGCAAAAAAUAAUAAUAAUAAAAAAGGAAAAGCUGAAAACACGGGCAGGUUGACGAGCGUCAUGUCUGACUGUCCGUCGUUUCCCUCUGGCCUACAGGGCUGAUUUCCCAGAGCUGCCGCUCUUGUUCAGUUUCCCUUCACUGAAACAACUGCUGUGUCACUGUGGGGAAUUACACCUGCCCAGUGGGUUUUUCAGGGGCUGCACUCUAGAAUAUCUCAUCUAUAGAUGGUUGUUUACUCUUUCUGUGCUGUCGUGCUUCUUCUCCUCCUCCUCCUCGGCAUCUUAACCAAGCUGCUUUGUAUUGCAGUAUUUUACUUUGCUUUUUAUUUAACGUGUUUAUUACUUUGUACAACACAUCUUGGCCCUACGCUGUCUGCAGUAUGUAAAGGUGACUCUUUUUUUUCUUUUCUUCUUUCCUGACUAGUGAAAGCCACUGUGUGUUUGUUACAGAGGGGUGGAGCAUUUGUUUCAGUGUUGUCUUUCCUGCCUGCUCCUCCGUUUCACACACGUCCACAUACAGCAAUAUCUCACAGCCUCCUUUAUGUAUUUAUGUUGGUAUUUUGUAAACAAUAAAAGGAGAAAACAA